AUGGUCCGUCUACGAGAAAUCCCCAGGACAGCCUGUUUUGCCUGGUCGCCAGGUCCGACCCAGCCACUCAUUGCCACUGGAACCAAGGCUGGAGCGGUAGAUGCCGACUUUUCAAACGAAACACAAUUAGAGCUCUGGGAGCUCAAGUUGGACGACACCGAGCAGGGCGUGGAGCUCAAGCCUGUUGCGACCGUGAGCGUCGAGUCGAGGUUCAACGACAUUGCAUGGAGUCAACCCAGCGAACAGUACCCGCGGGGCAUAAUAGCAGGCGCGCUCGACAGCGGGGCACUCGUACUAUGGGAUGCAGAGAAGCUGCAGGCAGGCGAAGGUGACGAGGCGGAGAUUGACCAGAUCGACAAGCACACGGGUCCCAUCCAGGCGAUACAGUUCAACCCCUUCCGAUCCAACAUCCUCGCUUCCGCAGGUGCCAAAGGCGAACUCUAUGUCCACGAUCUCGCCGACGACUCCAAGUCUUUCCGCCUAGGCAAGGCUGGAGCAAACCCCGAUGAGUACACUACGUUGGACUGGAACAAGAAGGUGGCGCACAUUCUGGCAACCGGCAGCAGUGGUGGCUUUGUCACUGUCUGGGACGUCAAGCUUAAGAAGGAGAACCUCACAUUAAACCACUAUGGACGGAAAACAGUCAGCGCUGUGUCGUGGGAUCCCAAUGUGCCCACGAGGCUCGUCACCGCUAUCCCGACCGACCAAAACCCGCUCGUCUUGGUAUGGGACCUUCGCAACACCAAUGCGCCAGAGAAGACGCUACAGGCACACGACCAGGGUGUACUGUCGCUCUCUUGGUGUGUGCAGGACAGUGACCUUUUGUUGUCUUGCGGCAAGGACAACAGGACAAUUGCUUGGAACCCGCACACUGGAGAGCAGUUGGGCGAAUUCCCAGUCGUCACAAACUGGACCUUCCAGACUAGGUUCAAUCCUGCGAACCCGAACCUCCUCGCUACCGCAUCCUUCGAUGGCAAGAUCGCAGUUCAGACGCUACAAAACACAGGGGCUGCAGCGGACCAAAGCAAGGCAGCGACCGAAGCUCCUGCAGGCGAGGACUUCUUUGCUCAGACCCACGCUGAACCCCAGGGCGCAUCCUUUUCUCUAAAGACACCCCCCAAAUGGCUGAAGAGGAGAGCGGGUGUGGCCUUUGGCUUUGGUGGAAAGCUGGUACGAUUCGGCAUCGUUGACAACAAGUCCAAGAUCUCCAUUGAGACAUUUGCGGUAGAUUCGGACGUUAGUGCAGCAAGCGAGGAGUUCGACAAGGCGUUAGACAAGGGCGAUCUUACAGCAAUCUGCGAGUCGAAGAUUUCAAAAGCAGCCAACGAGGAAGAAAAGGCCGACUGGACCGUAAUCGAGACUCUCACAUCGGAAAACCCACGAAGCAAGCUCGUCGAAUACCUAGGCUUUUCUGACAAGGAGGAGCAGCCGGAAGAAGAGAAGGAAGAAGAGAAGACAAACGGCGACGCGGACGAAGGCACCUCGUUCUUUGACAACGCGACUGAUGAGGGCAACUUCCUGUCGGAUCUUGCAGCUUCCAAGGGUGCCAAGACCAACAACCCCUUCCAGAUCUACACUGGCUCCGAGUCUGAAGCCGAUACCAAGAUCACUCGUAACCUCAUGCUAGGCGACUUCAAUGCGGCAUUAGAUGUGUGCCUAAAGGAGAACCGAUUGUCAGAUGCUUUCAUGAUUGCCAUCUGCGGUGGAGAGAAGUGCAUCGCCAAGGCACAGGCUGCAUACUUCAAGAGGCAAUCCGACGCACCAAACUAUCUACGCCUGCUUGCGUCAGUGGUCGGAAAGAACCUGUGGGACUUUGUAUACAAUGCCGAUCUGAAGGACUGGAAGGAAGUCAUGGCAACAAUCUGCACAUUUGCCGACCAGGCCGACUUUCCUGACCUUUGCGAGGCUCUUGGCGAUCGUCUUGAAGAAGCCAUUUCUGAAGAGACGGGAUCAUACCGAAAAGAUGCGUCUUUCUGCUACUUGGCUGGUUCCAAGCUUGAAAAGGUCGUCGUCAACUGGGCACAGGAGCUUCAGGAAAGCGAGAAGGCGGGCAUUGAGCAAACAGACGGCGACAACAGUUUCUCGAUCCAUGCACGAUCGCUCCAGGAGUUCAUCGAGAAGGUCACGGUAUUCCGAAAGGUCACCGACUUCAAGGACACCGAACAGCAAAAGGAGGACGACUGGAAGCUCGAACCUUUGUACGCAAAGUACGUCGAGUAUGCUGACAUCGCAUCUGCCCAUGGCCAGCUCGCGAUUGCAGAGAAGUAUCUAGAUCUCCUGCCACAAAAGUACCCAGCAGCAGAUGUAGCCAGGAACAGGGUCAAGCAAGCCACCAGGAAGGUUGCAGCUCAGCCAACAGCAGCCCAUAAACCGGCCCAGUCGACUAGCACUGGCCGUCGUCAGGUUGUAGUCCCUUCAUAUGGUCAACCUGCACAAGCGACACCGGCACCGCCCCAGCAGACGCCCUACGCCCCUGUCAACCCCAUGCAAACACAGCCAAGAGCGUCACCUUAUGCCCCAGUCAACCCUCUCUCCUCACAAGCUCAGGCUGCUGCACCAUCAACAUUCACACCAGCAGCAGCAACAUCUGGCAACGCGUACACACCAGCUGGUUACCAGCCAUCUCAGCCUCAGGGUUAUGGAACUCAGUCUCAGGGCUAUGGCUACAACCAGGCGCCUCAACAACCAAUUGCACCUCCACCACGCAACUUCUCCAACUCUCCAUCAAUUGUGCCAGCAGCCAACAGGGGUAGCAUUCCUGCCUGGAACGACACACCAGACUUCGGUCCACCUAAGCCAGCUUCACGUCGUGGUACACCCAUGAACACUGUUGCUUCUCCGUUCCCAAACCAGCAGCAGCCCCUCGCAGGCCCGCCUCAAGGUCCCUUCUCGCCAGGAGCACGAGCGACUCCUCCACCUCCUCCAAAGGGUCCGCCUCAAGGUCCUCCUCGGAUGACUUCUCCACCAGCGGGAGGCCAAGCUGGUGCCCCGAACCCAUACGCACCAUCACCAACAACAAACACAUACGCUGCACCACCUGCUGGCUUUGCACCCCCACAGCAGGCGCCAUUACAGCGUGGAGCGUCGCCCUACCAACCUCCAACUGCUACCGCUCCGCCAUCAAGCCGCUACGCCCCUGCUCCAGGUUCGCAGCCAUCGGCCCCACCUGGACCAAUGGGUGCAAUGCCACCACCGCGUAACAUUGCGCCUCCUCCAGGCCAAUUCACACCAGCUGGGUCACCAUACGCACCAUCGCCAGCGCAACAAAUGCCACCAGCAGCCGCAGCACCUCCACCAAGGGGUCCACCGCAGGGGCCUCCACGGGCAGGUCCUCCUCCGGGCGGCCCUCAAGGCGGACCACCAAGGCCAGAUUCUCGACCUGGCACUGGUCAAUCACAAGCGGCUGCACCAGCAGCAGCAGCUAAGUAUCCUCCUGGUGACCGAUCGCACAUUCCUGACGCAUCUCGUCCCAUCUACGAGAUCCUUGACGCCGACCUGCAACGAGUCAAGGCCAGAGCACCAGCACAGUACAAACAACACGUCGCAGAUACUGAGAAGCGCCUCAACAUCCUGUUCGAUCAUCUCAACAACGAGGAUCUCCUCAAGCCCGACACUAUCCAGCAAAUGAACGAACUAGCAGUCAAUAUCCAGGCUAAGCAGUACGACGCUGCAGUCGCAAUUUUCUCUGAUCUGAUGACCAACAAGACGGAGGAGGGAAGCAACUGGAUGGUUGGUGUGAAGCGCUUGAUUCAGUUUAGCAAGUCGACUGCUUAG